AUGUCAACAUGGGAUACAGGAGGAUUCAAAAUACAAGUAUUGGCAAUAUUCUUCAUCUAUGCUAUCGACAUAGUACAUGCAACCUCGUGCGAAGGAAUGACAUCACCAAAAUACUUGACUACGUCACGAGGCAACAUUACAUCACCGAGAUACCCUUUCGAGAUUCCAAGUAGUCAAAGAUGCGAAUGGGUUUUUCAAAAUUUCGGCACAGAUGAUAUUCUCUUAAUAAAGAUACAUGAAAUGUCUUUAGGCGAUCUAUUAUCAGUACUGUUUCUAAAUUUUGUUACAAUGCCAAAUGGAUUCGAGAUAAAGGGAGAGAGGAAAAAUGAAUGUAUAGCCUACGGAGAAAACCAAACGAUAUCAAGAUGCUCAGAAAACGUCAAAAACGCUUUGAAAUUUUGUUCAUAUCAUAAAAUAGACAAAACUAAACUUCCUCCAAAACUACGAUUCAGAUCAUCAAGUGUUCAACUGUCAAAGAAUCGUUUUUCACUCUCGUACGAAAUAUUGCAAUGCAGAGACCAUUUAAUUGAUGCUGUGACGACUGGUUCUCCACCAUUCGACUCCAAACCAUACAUCAUAAUUCCAUCUGCAUUAGCAAUAUUGAUAUUUAUAAUUGCUGGAACUAUGAUCGGAAUGUUUAUUGUAAUAAACAGGUCUAAUCAUCCGAGCCGUGAUCGUAUUCAGAGUGUCGACAAUGUAUAUGAGUCUCCAUUAUCUGAACCUAUGGAACGCGCCAACACAUACGAUAGUAUACGAGUUCCUGCUGAUUUGAACAGAGAAGACAUGGCAAGUUAUCUAUCUCAUCGACAAUUAGUUCAAUAUCCACAACAACCGGAAGAAAAAAAGGAAAGAAAGAAAAAAACGGGUACGCGAUCUAUGGCCCCAAUACCGGAAGUAGAUGGGUACAUAGAUAUUCAACCACUAACCGGUAACGCUCCACAGCCAAAUAAUGAUUAUGCUACUAUGAGACGAAGCGAUCAAUAA